AUUGUCCAAACCCAGAGAGAGGGAAGCAAAGAGUAAGCAGUGUAAAGAAAGGAAUCUGGAUUAGAUCUUAAAAUAUUUUUGCUGUAAUAAUGCAAGGUGGUUGUUUAGUGACAGAUAUCUUUGUCUGUUACUUAUAAUUACAACAUCAUUGUCUAAAGAUUCUUGGAAGUUAGAAGUCAAAGCUCAGAUUUUCAAAUUGUGGAUAUUUUCAUGCCAAGUUUGUGCAGGUGAUUAUAGUGACUGCACAAAACAGGAAUUUGCAUGUGAAAAUGAACAGUUUUUUUGUAUUCCUGUUUAUUACCUAUAUAAUCAUGGUAAUUAUUGAGUACAAAUAUGCACCUAAACUUUUGAAAAUCAGUUUAGUGCAUCUCACCUCUUCGAGUUUGUUCUUUUCAGUGUAUUCUUCGCCGUUUUGUCCACUCGAGGUCUGUGUGUCUCAGCAAGAUGGGUGGUGUGGUUUACCUGACCAGCAUAGACAAGAAUUUUCUGUUAUAGCUGGCCUGGUUCCACUCCAGGGCCCUGGUGUCCCGCUGCUGGAUACGAAUAGCUCUGUUGAUACACUGCUUCAAUGGAGCUGCUGUCCUUUCUCCACAGCAGUGUCCUGGUGAAUUUUAAAUCAAGGUUCUGUCGCAUGACAUUAAAAGACUUUAACUUAACAACUAAACAGCCUCUCUGCCAAUUUGCACGAAGAAAACCGUUUCUUCCAUCCACCAUAGCACAUAAUACAGUAAGAUGCAUGUUUAUUCAGACUCAGGACACUCCAAAUCCAAAUAGUCUGAAGUUUAUUCCAGGAAGACAAGUACUGGAAUCGAGGACCAUGGAUUUCUCCACACCAGCUGCAGCAUUUUGCUCACCUUUAGCGAGACAGUUGUUCAGGAUUGAAGGAGUUAAAAGUGUCUUCUUUGGGCCAGACUUCAUCACAGUCACAAAGGUGAGUGAAGAUUGGGAUUGGAAUUUACUGAAACCAGAUAUUUAUGCAACCAUAAUGGAUUUCUUUGCCUCUGGUUUACCUGUAAUUACUGAAGAGGCACCUCGUACAGACACAGCUGCAUCAGAAGAUGACGACGAAGUUGUAUUAAUGAUUAAGGAACUUCUGGAUACUAGAAUAAGCUGCAGCUGUGUCCGCCAACUGGCAGGAGAGACUGGUGGGAGCUCUGCGAGUGGGAAGUUGAAGGCUGCACUCCAGGAGUACCGCCACUCCCUUCCCCCUGCUACACAGAGCCUUCUCUUGAUCCCAGCCUUUCAGCGCAGCCCCAAGGCUAGGAGCGCUGUCUCUUUCCCCUGCUGGAUAGCGAAUGGGGUCGCGCUGAAGUGCCAGGGUCAGGAGCGGGCUGUGUCCGGCAGGGAGGUCAGUAUUCAAGGGGUGCAGUCUUUCACUCUCCUCCUGAUCCUGGCCCUUCAGCUCAGCCCCAUCUGCUUCCCCUGCAUAGGGGUAAUGGAGCUGGGCAGGGAGCCAAGUCCUGGCAGCUUCAGGGAGCAGAAGGCUUCCUCAACUGCCAUGUGGCCAACAGUUCAGGAAGAUGGGGGUGAUGUCAUAUAUAAAGGCUUUGAAGAUGGGAUUGUACAGUUAAAGUUGCAGGGUUCGUGCACUAACUGUCCCAGUUCUAUCAUAACACUGAAGAAUGGGAUACAGAACAUGCUACAGUUCUAUAUUCCAGAAGUGGAAGGUGUGGAACAGGUUGUUGAUGAUGAAGAUGGAGUGGAGAAAGAAGCAAAUUCUACCUGAGCUAACGGCAUGUGUGUGACUCUAAAUAGCAAAGUUUUCCCGAGAGUGUGUAUAACUUAACCAUGUCCCGAGGAACAACAAAAAUUGCCAUUCUCUACUUUCAUCUCUUAAAAUUCUCUCUCUCUCUCUCCCCCCCGGGCCCGUUUAAAGAUAAUACACUGCCUUUUCCAGUGACUUACUAUAUGGUCUGCUUUCAAAAGAGAACUUGUUCCUUCUCCUGUAGACUUCAUAACUGUUACGCAUGGUUAAGAAACAAAUGAAAAGCAUUUUUAAAUAGUGAUUUGUCCAUCUAUUUCUAUUUCAAACACAAAGGCUUGAGAAUAAAAGUGGGAAGUGAAAAAAGUUAGUGAAAUUGUUUAGAAUAAAUUCUAAAGAAAGUUGUGCAUUUUAUAUAAUAUCUGUUUCAAAUAUUCUCCCCAUUCUGCCUUAUGGGCUUUUAGAAUGACUUGCAAUCAUAUUCUGAAGCUCCGAGAUGUAGAGUUUAUUUUUAUGAAGUAAAUUAUUUAUUUGUUCUUGAUUACUGUGUAUGAGUUUUGACUAAAAGUUAACCUGGUCACUUCAAAUGUUUCUUGUUGAUUAUACCCAGUUGUUAAAUAUAAUAAUAUUGACUAGUAUUGUGAUGGUUAUUCCCUUCCUUCCAACCAUUGUAUAGACAAUGGCAACAAAAUCAAAUACAAUUAGUUACAGAUGUGAAUCAACUGCUAAGAAAAUAAUACCAUUUUUUAAAGAGUUCAUUAGAUGAUCCUUAUCAGCCAUGAUAGCUGGAGACCCUAAUGCACUUUUUUAUAACUAAAGAUUAUACAGCAUAUAUUAUUAAUCUGUUUAAAUUUGCAAUAGGUCCUUCCUUAACAGAGUAUUUCUGGAUGCAGAAAAACGUGGCAGGAGAGAACAUGUCAGUUUUACAAGCAUUUAGAAACUGGGAAGGGAAAAGGCUGACUUUCUGAAACUGAAACAUGUCACUCAUGCUUUUCAAGAGCAAAACAUCUAUUUUGUGGGUAUGUAGAGGCAUAACCUGUUUCCAAUGCCCAGCCUGAGUAGAUGACUCGGGUAUUAGGGAUUCUGUUUUCCUUUGGCUGCGUCCACAAAUGAGUUGCUGUAGGACCACGACUUGGGCUCGUGGCUGGAAGAGUUCCCACGGUUUUUGGGCUCCCUCCCCCACAUGCAGGAAUUGAUUGCCUGCUGCACAUGCCCCAUCUCCCUUCAAGAGCCACAGCCAUGCAGGAAGCUUCCACAGUGCUAGGCUUCAUGGUGAGUGAGCAGUACAUAACCCCUGAAAUUCUGCCUUCCUCCCAUCCCAUGCACAGUGGAACCAGAGCAGGUCUGUUGAAAGCAGAGCCUUUCAUAUCAGUAGGCAGGGUUUGGGGCAAUGCAGUGGACAUCACUGAAUAAGAAAAACAGCCUUGGAAAUCCAUGCUCAGAGUAGUCUUGAGUGAUCAUUUUUGAGGAGCCGGGAUUCCUUUAGAAAAUUCAAGAUCUGGUUUACUCUUCCAGAUUUUUCAGUAAUUAUAAGCACAUGCCUACGUACAGCCAAAUCACAACUGAGUAUCAAGCAGGGCAAUGUAAGUACACGGUGUGAAGUAGUAAGGAACACAUUCUCGGUUGGUUUAACUCCACCAAUUUCCUGGAUCACAUGAAUAAACCAGCAGAGAAUUUGGCCCGCAGGGCACAACGCAGCAUGUAAUAACAAUGGACUUUAUGCUCUCUGUGUGCAAUUUAAGGAUAAAUAUUUAUUUUAACAAAACAGCUGUUGGAACUCUGAUUUGGAGUCAUAAUGCAGUGUCUUAGAAACAAUAACCAGGAUUUGGAGUUUGGAACUCCCGUGUGUUUUGUCCCCUCCCUUUUAGAAGUAAACAAUGUCUAAUCUUGCUAAUGUAUUUAUAACAAAAGCACCCUGGAGGCAGACGUGUGCUCUUCAAAGGACCAGCUUGUGCACAGGCUAACACCAUGCUCAUGCUUUCAGCAGCAAAGUCCAAAAUGGCUGGUAAUGUUUCUGAUUUCUCAAAAAUUGAGCUUUUUUAGCCUGAUUUCAGGUCAGUUUCCUGAAUAUCUUUAUAAACCAUUAAAUACUCAAAUGCGAAAUAGGUGUAUUAUUGUGAAUUAAAUAAAAUGUAUGUCCUCU